ACAGCACGUCAAUCGAACACGUUGUUGCUACGACCAACGGCAAGUAAACAACAAUUAGGUAGUCAGAGAGCCGCUGCGCCUGCCAUCAGAGCCAUGGGAGCCAUAGCCGCCGCCAUCUCACUGCCUCUAACCACCCCAACUCGCCGAUCCCUCACCUUCCUCACCGCCUCUCGUCGACCUUCUUCUCCGAUCCUGAAGCUCAACUCUCCCUCUGCAGCUGCCUCGCCGAGAGCUCCUACUCUCCGUGUGUCGGCGGUCUCCUCUUCCAUGAGCGUCGAAGCCGUCGAGAAAGCCUCCCCCGCUGCCUUUCUCGACCGAAGAGAAGCCGGAUUCCUCCAUUUCGUCAAGUACCACGGUCUCGGAAAUGACUUCAUCCUGGUUGAUAACAGAGAUUCUUCGGAGCCUAAAAUUAGUCCGGAGCAGGCGGCAAAGCUAUGUGAUCGGCACUUUGGGAUUGGUGCCGACGGAGUGAUCUUCGCACUGCCGGGCAUCAAUGGCACUGAUUAUACCAUGAGGAUUUUUAAUUCUGAUGGGAGCGAGCCCGAGAUGUGUGGUAAUGGAGUCCGGUGUUUUGCCAGAUUCAUUGCCGAGCUGGAGAAUUUGCAGGGAAAGCAUAGCUUUAAAAUUUAUACUGGUGCCGGUCUAAUUAUUCCUGAAAUUCAAGAAGAUGGGAAGGUCAAAGUUGAUAUGGGGGAACCGAUUCUUAAGGCAUCAGAUGUACCCACAAGACUGCCUGCAAACAAAGAUCAAUCUGUCGUUAAGUCGGGUCUCAAUGUUGAUGGAGUAACCUGGAAUGUAACUUGUGUUAGUAUGGGAAAUCCUCAUUGUGUAACUUUUGGUACAGAAGGAGGCCAGAAUAUGAAGGUUGAUGAAUUGAUGUUAGCUGACAUCGGUCCCAAAUUUGAGAAUCAUGAGGUGUUUCCAGCACGAACAAACACAGAAUUUGUGCAAGUUUUCACUCCUUCACACCUAAAGAUGCGUGUUUGGGAGCGUGGGGCAGGAGCAACACUUGCUUGCGGAACUGGUGCUUGUGCUGUAGUUGUUGCCGCAGUUCUUGAGGGUCGUGCUGAGCGAAAUUGCACGGUUGAUCUACCUGGAGGGCCGUUGCAGAUUGAGUGGAGAGAGGAGAACAAUCACAUCUACAUGACAGGCCCGGCUGAAGUCGUAUUUUACGGAUCAGUGCCUCUAUGAUUCUUUUCACUGCGUUGUGUUUGUAUGAAGAAAUGAAGAUAGAUUUUGUAAUUUAAAUUCAUCUGAGUUAUGUAGAAUUGCAAGUCAAAGAAACGAGUGGAGUCGGAGACAUUGAAUAUACCAUAUGUGUUUGCUUUAUGAAAGUUGAACCCCUCCAAUGGCA